AUGGCUCCUCCUGCUGCUGAUGUCGAUCUCGACAUUGCACCUUCGCCCUAUGUCAUUCCAACCAAGGCCGUGAGCGGCUCCAAGCUCGCCGAGUCUCUGGUCUCGUCGGGCUCCCUGGACAGCUACGAACAGUUUGACGUGACCAACGUCAUCGGCCACGAGUUCCCCACCCUGCAGCUCAGCGAGAUCCUUGGUGACGACCAGAAACUGCGCGACCUGGCCAUCCUGGUCUCGCAGCGCGGCGUCGUCUUUUUCCGCAACCAGGACCUGAACAUUGACGACCAAAAGAUCCUGGGCCAGAAGCUGGGCGAGCUCACGGGCAAGCCCGAGACGUCCAAGCUGCAUCGCCACGCGCUGUCCAACAGCAAGCGCGGCAUUGCCGUCGACGAGAACGGCAAGCUCGACGACGAGGUAUCGGUCAUCUCGUCGGAGCAGAACCGCAAGUACUACAAGGACCGCUUCACGUCGUCGUCCAAGCAGCUUGCGGGCGUCGGCUGGCACGCCGACAUCACGUUUGAGCGCGUCCCCUCGGACUACGCCAUCCUCAAGAUUACGCAGCCGCCCGAGGACGUCGGUGGCGACACUUUGUGGGCGUCGGGCUACGAGCUGUACGACCGCCUGUCGCCGCCGAUCCAGAAGCUGGUCGACGGCCUGACGGCGACGCACUACCAGCCCAACUUUGUCAAGGUCAAGGAGGCGUUCGACCUUGAGCUGAUCGACACGGACCGUGGCGCGCCCGACAACAACGGCCUCGACUUCAAGGCCGAGCACCCGGUGGUGCGCACCAACCCGGUCACCGGCUGGAAGAGCCUGUUUGGCGCCGCUCACCAGGUCGAGGCUGGCUGGAUCAACGGCGUCUCGGCCCGCGAGAGCGAAAUUCUCAAGACUUACUUCCUCCAACUCAUCACCGACAACCACGACCUGCAGGUGCGCUUCAAGUGGAACAAGAACGACCUGGCCAUCUGGGACAACCGCUCCGUCUUCCACACCGCCACGUUCGACUACUCGGGCAAGCGCCAGGGCAACCGCGUCGUGUCGCUUGGCGAGAAGCCGUACUUUGACCCGGCCUCCAAGUCGCGCCGCGAGGCCCUGGGCCUGCUGUAA